AUGGACCCACCAGAUGAUGUAUAUAUUCCGAGUACAUUGGCUCCUGGAGUGAGCACAAUGGCUCCUGGAGAGAGCACGAUUGCUCCCGAAGAUACGACGAUGACACCUGGAGGUGUGUCUACUCCAGAGACCUCCGUGGAAACCGAGGCGCCUGAGAUAACGAUAAUGACAACACUCGCAAUGGAGUCAUCCACCGUAACGAAAGAAGCAUGCCCAACAUCUACAACCAAGUGUCCCGAUUUAUCAGCAAUAAUUAAGGGUGAUAUGAGGGUCGACGUGGUGGAUGGCUGCGCUGUUUUUUCUUGUCCCGAAAGCCAACUUCCAUAUGCUCUUGGUUUAAUUGAAGGAAGCGAAAUAACAGGAUUUUCAGUACCUGCUGGAGUAACUCAGUUUGUACUCCAACAACCAUUGGAAAUAGAAGAGUUAGGUGGCGGAACUGUAAAUGAUUACUAUGGGCUCUCAUGUGAGAACAAUAUGCUUAUAGCCUCGAUAUAUCCACAAGGAAUUGCUGUUGGAUUCACGCUUGCAGGCGCUGAUGGUUCAUUGAAUGGGAAGAAAACCCCCGUCGACGCUAUGUUAUGGUGA